AAACCUGUCUUUACCUUUAGCCGUGACCCAUCGCAACAUCACUGCCGCCUCUCGCUCCAGCGCUGGCCAGGGAUGUGACCUAAAUCUGCCGUCGCCCAUCGCAGCAGCGCUGCCGCUUCUCUCUCCAGCGCCGGCCGGGGACACUAGCAACACUCUACCAAUAGCGCCGACCCUCCCCUUUGUCUUUUGUAACUGCGCGAGGAUCAUUGUAUAGACGUGAAGGAAUUUUUUCUUCCUCCCGCAAUGACUUGUUAGCGUGCAUUUGGUGAAUCGCAAAGCGUGUUGUUGCCCCUCACAUUAACAAGGAGGCAACAAUGACCACUAUGCUGCGAGAACUACGACUGUCGUUGAACCAAACUCAAAGGGUUCGUCUUCAGUCUGUGCUCCAAUCCUUACAGGAGAUGUCUUCUCUUGCCUCUACCAUCACUGUCGUUGCCGACACAAUACCUGUCAAUCAUGAAGAUAGCAUCCUCAAAGGUCAUGGUACAUCAGAUCUCAAUGGCGAAGUGGUGGCUACACUUUGUGGUGUUGUGGAGCGAAUAAACAAACUGGUCUAUGUCCGUGCCCAAAGGGCCAGGUACAAACCGGAGGUUGGAGAUAUUAUUGUUGGCCGGGUCAUUGAGAUUGCUCCAAAACGAUGGAGGUUAGAGAUAAAUUUUAGUCAAGAUGCUGUGUUGAUGCUCUCAUCAAUGAAUCUUCCAGAUGGUAUUCAGCGGCGGAGAACUGCUGUAGAUGAACUCAAUAUGCGCAGCAUUUUUGAAGAAAAUGAUGUAAUCUGCGCUGAAGUCCGUGGUUUUCAGCAUGAUGGGAGUCUGCAUCUGCAAGCAAGAAGCCAGAAAUAUGGAAAGCUUGAGAGAGGUAUGCUACUUACAGUCCCAGCAUACCUGGUGAAGCGCCGGAAACAGCAUCUUCAUCAUCUACAACAAUACGGCAUUGACUUGAUUCUUGGAUGUAAUGGAUUCAUCUGGGUGGGAGAACAUGUAAAUUCCCAUGGUGAAAAUGACAGCGCGGCAAACCGAGAGAACAGAGAAGAUACUGUCAACAAAACUGGUGAACUGCAAGUGAUCCAAGAAGUGCAAGAGCCAGAGCGAACAACGCCACUAGAAGUCAGGCAGCAUAUAUGUCGGGUGGCUAAUUCUGUGCGCUUGCUGUCUGCUUUGGGCUUCAACCUGACUGUUGAAUUUAUCAUCGACACGGUCGAGGCCAGCAUCUCAUCUAACACCGACAUAAAAGACAUGCUUGCUGCUGAGUUUUAUGUUCAAACUGCCGAAAGGGAGGUACAGCGCAGGGUAUCUCUGAGCAGGAAGCACUAGUAUUGGUUCUUUAGAUGUCUCAACUUCAACUCUACCAUCUGAGCAGGAAGCACUAGUUUUGGUCCCUCAAAUGUCUCAGCUUCCACUGUACCGUCUGUUGUUUUGUGGACUGGAUAAUUUUUGAAGCUCUAAAUGAUUUUAAAGUGUAAUACAGAGGAUGAUGGCCA